CCCACAGAAGUCAUGCACAGGAAAGCCGAGAGCACUUGCUACUUCGUGUCAAGAACAAUGCAGGGGCUGUUAGUGUGCUCUGAGGCUUUCAGGAGACAAGUUUAACCAGGCACGCUAAAUCAUAGUUGACAGAGGAAUUAUUAAGGACUGAAACCUGGGGACACAUGCUGUUUUUAACUUUGGAUUCUCUACAUUGUACAUGAGAAGCAACUUAUCAUGUCACUCCCAGAGGAGGAUCUCACAUGCCCAAUAUGCUGUGACAUCUUUACGGACCCAGUGUUGCUGUCAUGUAGCCACAGCUUCUGCAGGAGUUGUUUGAAGCGCUUUUGGGAAACAGGGAUACGUGAGUGUGCAGUAUGCAGGAAGAAAGCCUCCAAGGCCAGUCCUCCCACCAAUUUGGCUCUGAGAAAUGUCUGUGAAGCUCUGGUGGAGGCCAAGAGGAGUUCAGUGGCGCUGGAAGAGAAGAUGAACUGUAGUCUGCACGGGGAGAAGUUAAAGCUCUUCUGUCUGGUUGACAAACAGCCCAUCUGUGUGGUGUGUCAGUCCUCUAAACUCCACAAGACUCACGACUGCUCGCCUAUAGAAGAGGCAGUGCUCGACUGCAAGGAUGAACUUGCCUUAUCCCUAAAGAACCUGCAAGAGAAAGUGGACAGCCUCAAAAGAAUUCACAUGACCUCUGCGGACAUGUUCAAGUACAUUAAGACUCAGUCACUGAAAACGCAAAAAUCAAUCAAGAGCCAGUUCGAGCAGCUUCACGAAAUCCUCCACCAAGAAGAGUCGGCCAGAAUAGCAGCUGUGAAGAAAGAAGAAGAAGAAAAAAUGGCAGGAAUGAAGGAUAAGAUCAAAGAGCUUUCAGCAGAAGUGCUGUUGAUUGCAGAGACCAUCUCAGUCAUACAGGAGCAGCUGAAAGAAGAGGAUAUGGUAUUGUUGAAGAAUUUCAAAGAUACCCAGGACAGAGAGAAAAGCAUAGCGUUUGGUUCAGACAACAUGGCCGGGUUUCUGAUUGAUGUGACAGUGCAUCUCUGCAACCUCAAGUAUAAAGUUUGGGAGAAAAUGCUGGACCAUAUUGACUACACUCCUGUGACUUUGGACCCAAACACAGCACACCCCUGCCUCAUCCUGUCUGACGACCUCACUUCCGUCCAUUACUCAAAGCAGCACAACAGUUGCCCUGACAACCCAGAGCGCUUCCACAUCAGUGCAGAAGUGGUAGGCAUGACCGCACUGGGCUCAGGAAGCCACCACUGGGUCGUGGAAACAGGAAGUAAUCAAGACUGGCUCGUGGGCGUGGCCUCUUUGUCUGUACCUAGGGACUCUGAGAUCUCCGCUCGGCCUGAGAAUGGAUUCUGGACUUUGUGCUUUCGGGACGGAGAGUUCAGGGCAAUGACCUCGCCACCCACGCCGCUGACAGUUAAAAGAGCGCCAAAACAUGUCAAAGUGCAACUGGAUUACAACAAAGGGACGGUGUCUUUCUUCAACCCUGCUGAUGACACACUCAUUUAUGCAUUCACAGACACGUUCACAGAAACUUUACUUCCAUAUUUUUAUACACAGAGCAGUCAUCCACUGAGAAUAAUGCCAGAGAGGGUACUUGUCACCAUGUUGCGACAAUAAGAGGAUGAAGGUUUUAUGCAAGAAAAUAUGGUUCCAGUUGUGAUUUGAUGGAUGAGUGGGAUUGGUGACAAAUGGUUUCCCCCUAAGAUAACUGGCAGCUAGCUCCAGUUAAAUCUUUACUGGACAUUCGAAUCAAUCAUAAAGGGUUUAAAGGUUCUGUGUGUGACAUUCAGAGCAUUAAUACAGCAGCAAACUGUUAUUUGCUAUGUACAGAUACACAGGAGAAUUGCCUUCUUUCGUAGAGAAUGAAGUCACGUAAACUUUGUGUGCUGUAAUCUACCGCUUUGCACCACCCUUGUACAGCAUGUUAUCACUGAUACCGGGAUGGCAUCGUCUUGGGAGCAAAGCACCCACCCUCUGGGGUCCCCCUAGUUAACACUGUUAGCUCCGUCAAUGUUGUAGUGCUGUUUAUAGAGUUAGCACGGUUAGCUGCUAGCCACCAGCUCAGCCACUUCCACUUUAUGCUCUGAAUUUCACAUGCAGCCCCUUUGAGAACAGAGUGUGCUGUAUGCUGUGCAGACUGCGAAGCCCCUUGAAGCAAAUGUGUGGUUUUGGGCUGUAUAGAAUUCUUGACAUUUAACUCUUGGCAAGAAACCAAAAAGGGUAUUUCCCAUAUUGUAGCACUAUUGCUUUGAAGGGCAAUGCUCAGAGAGUGUCUGGAUUAUGAAAUGAUUUAACUUUGAAGACAAGCUGUCGUGUUAAAUUGCCAUAAAAUCCAGAAAUGGUUCCUAAAUUGCUAAUGUAAGAGGAUAAAUAUACAUUGCUGUCUGUGGUGGAAGAUGGGAAAGCACAUUUACAUAAAAAAAAAUGUUAUAGGUAAAAAUCAGAAGUUUAACAACUAGGUUUUGGUGUGUGGCAAGCCCUGUCUUUUUCACUCUUUUAAAUUGCCUAUGACUUACAUCAAAAUGAAUGACACUGCUGUGCGGGUAUUCUGUGAUUCUUCUAUUGAUGAUUACCAUAUUAUGUUGCACUCAGAUGAGGGAGAGGUUUCUAACUUAUUGAGCACUAUGCACUUUAAAGAAUAAAUAUCACACACAUGCACAAACACAAGUCUGUGUCACAUUCAUGAUGAGGGGUUUAGACUGUACAGUACUGUUUAUUUCUGUCUUUUGUACACAUGAUGGCGCCAAAGUCAAAUAAAUAUGUUGAAGGAUUUCAUUACAGUUGAGAUUACUUUAACACAGAAACCUUGAGCUGUUUGUAGACAUUUUACCCCCAGACUUUUACAGUUUCACAGUUUACAUAAGAAUCUACUUAAUGAAAACACACAUCUAGAAAAUUAA